CGGCGGUCUCGCUCGCCCUCCUCGCUUCUUCCCACACCGGCCGGCACCGCCUGCGCCUCCUCUGCCCCGCCGCGUGCCGCCUCGCCUUCCCUAAUAAACCCUAACAAACUCUCGCCGCGCCCGCUCGCUCGCCCGCCUUCGCACGCCAACCGGAUGAAGGGCGCGUGGAAGCAGAGCGGCGUGGCGGCCGUGGCCGACCACCUCGGCCACCUCGGCGGAGCAGGGCUCGUCGGGCGGACGCGUCCCGUCAGGCUCUGCCUCUACGGCCUCGCGCUCACCUUCGCCGGGUUCGCGGUCUUCCUCUGUUUCGCGCCCACCCUCCCCGUGCCGCCCCCAGCCUCGUCGCCGGCCGCGGCGUGGUUCGACGGCCUGAUCGCCUCCGCGUCUCCGUACCGCACGCAGGUCUCGGGCUUCCUCUCGUCCCUGUUCCCCGCCAACUCCUCCUCCACGGUGCCUCCUGCUCCUGGUGGCGUCGCGCCGAGGCGUGCCGGGCCGAGCGGCGGCGGGUUCGCGGCGAGCGGUUCCCGAGGCAAUGGCUCCAUCGCGGCUCGACCCCGCGAGGAGCAGUUGGGAAGCGGAGGUGGAGUUCCGCCCAGCAGCGUAGGCGCAGGAGCAGGCGAAGCUCCCAGCGGCAAGGAAGCGCCAGUUCCUGGGGCUGCUACUGCGGCGGUGCCGAGCGGGGGGCCGCCCGAUGAUCAUGCGCGAGGCGGUGCCGAGGCCAAACAUUCCGCCGCGAGUGCCGCUGCCGAGGCGAAGGGUGAGCCUCGACCUGGACUCCCGAGUGGUGGUUCAGCCCAGAACGGCACGUUGGCGAAAGGAGGCGUGUCUGUUCGGAUCAACGGCUCCGACGCCAACGCGAGUUCCGUGGAUGCCGGAGAUGGCAAUGGGAUGAGAGCGAGUGCAAGGAAUGCUGCCGGCUCCACGCACCAAUUGGGAAGCGGGACUGCAGCUUUAGGCAACGGCACUGCUGUUGCAGUCAUUAAUCAGACUGCGAGUGCAGUUGCAGAGGCCAUGGACGGCAAUGGAAGAGCAGCUGCAGGCAACAACCAGACCGUCCUAAUUCAGGCUUCAGCAGGUAACAAGAACCAGAGUUCAGCUGCUUCAAAUGGAAGUCAUAGCAGUCCAGCCAAUAAGCAGAAUGAAUCAACUGCUAGUCCUCAGGGGAGCACUAGUCCGGUGAAAGAUCAAUCUGCACGAGGGGCCAUCCCAAUAGCCAGAAACAACAGUGUUGUGCCGGUGAAAGCAGAUGCUAAUGCCGGUCGGCGCAUGAAGGUUGAUUGGAUUGAGAACAUGGCCAGCUGCGAUAUGUUCUACGGGAAUUGGGUCCGAGAUGACUCGUAUCCUCUGUAUCCUGCGGGAUCAUGUCCUCACGUCGAUGAGUCCUUCAACUGCCACCUCAACGGCCGGCCUGACAAAGAUUACGAGAGGCUCCGGUGGCAACCCAGCGGAUGCAGAAUCCCAAGAUUGAACCCAACUGAUAUGUUGGAGAGGCUGAGGGGGAAGAGGCUGGUGUUUGUCGGUGAUUCGCUCAACAGGAACAUGUGGGAAUCCCUGAUUUGUAUCUUGAGGAAUUCUGUCAAAGACAAGAGUAAGGUUUUUGAGGUAUCCGGCAGGAGCCAAUUCAGGGCUGAGGGCUCCUACUCUUUCUUGUUCCAGGACUACAAUUGCAGUGUGGAGUUCUUCCGCUCCCCUUUCCUUGUUCAGGAAUGGGAGAUGCCAAUCAGCAAUGGAAAGGGUACCAGGGAAACUCUCAGGCUUGACAUUAUUGAUUCAGCGUUUCCAAGAUACAAGAACGCAGAUAUCGUUAUCUUCAACACUGGUCACUGGUGGACGCAUGACAAAACUUCUCUAGGGAAAGAUUACUAUCAAGAGGGCGACCGCGUGUACAGUGAGCUGGAUGUCCAUGAUGCCUUUCGGAGAGCUCUCAACACCUGGGCCAAGUGGGUUGAUUCCAAUGUAAACCCCAAGAAAACCACUGUGUUUUUCAGAGGCUACUCAGCAUCCCAUUUCAGUGGGGGUCAAUGGAAUUCAGGCGGCAGUUGUGACAAGGAAACAGAGCCAAUAAUGAAUGACCAGUACCUCACGCCAUACCCAACAAAGAUGAGCAUUUUGGAGGAGGUGCUCCAUGGGAUGAAAACACCCGUUGUGUACCUGAACAUAACAAGGAUGACUGACUACAGGAAGGAGGCUCACCCUUCAGUCUACCGCAAGCAGAAGUUGACUGAAGAGGAAAGAAAAUCGCCUGAGCUAUACCAGGACUGCAGCCACUGGUGCCUUCCUGGAGUACCGGACUCCUGGAACGAGCUUCUCUACGCACAGAUUUUGCUGAAACAGCAGCAUACGAUGCAACAAUAAAGGCAAGUGUGGACUUGUUCUUGUACAUGAACUGUUGUAGUCAGACGUCAAGUUCAUAGGAUAAAAAAAUCUACAUGAAUCGGUCAAAGGAAAUCUUAUACAAGUGAGACCAAGGAUUUUUGGAAUCCUUGCAUAGAGUAAAGCAGGCAGUUAGUCAGAUCUCUAGCUCUGAAUAACAACACGAAAUCUGUAUAGGCUCAAUAGGAUUAUAUGAUGUAAACUUCAUGUCUAGUUAGCAUAAAAAUAAUAAGAAAAAAAAAGAGAGAAUAGAUAGUUCAUUAGAGGACAUAGGAGGAUCUUCUUGUUUUGUGAGACUUUUGUCUGUCUGUAUAGUGAUAUAGUAAUCUGAAUUCAUUUUCGUAUACUUUCUGAAUAAUAUGAAGAGUGGUUGCAGUUGACAUCUGUAUGUCUCCCAGUGGAGCCCGACUGAAGAUUUCAGUGAGGCUGUCAUUUGUCAGAUAUAUAUACGUCUAUUUACCAA